GACAAACCUGGAGCACCUGGUGAACCAAAAGUAGGCACAAUCAAGAACACAUCCAUGGAACUCACAUGGACAGCCCCAGAAGAUGACGGAGGAAGCCCUGUGUUUAAUUACAUCGUGGAAUACCGUGCCCAGGGAGCCUUCAAGUGGAAGCAAGCUACCACUGAUACCAUUGAUGACACAAAAUAUACUGUGAAAAGACUCAAGGAGGAUGAGCUAUAUGAGUUCAGAGUGAGUGCUGAGAACAAGGCUGGUGUUGGACCAUCUGCUGAGACUGCACAACCCAUUAAGGCUAAGGAGCCAAUUGUUGGAACUCGCCCCAAGAUCUUGCAAGGACUUGACAGUGUGACAGUUAUAGCAACUAAUGAAGCUGUCCUUGAAUGUGAUGUGGACAUUGGUAAACCCCCAGCUGAGAUCAAGUGGUUCAAGGAGAACAAGGAAAUCUACAAAGGUCGCAAAUAUGAGAUCAGCUAUGCUGAUGAGGUUGCAACGUUGGUAGUCAAGAACACUGAGCCAAAUGAUGCUGCUAAGUACCGUAUGGAGGCUAGUAAUCCAUUAGGUAGAGUAGAGUCAUCAUGUAAGCUGACUGUCCAAACACCACCUGUCUUAGACUAUGAUACUAAACAGAAACCAAAGACCAUUAAAGGAGGUACCAGCCUCAUUCUCAAUGUAAACAUAGAGGGCAUUCCAGCACCAAAGGUCAUCUGGACCCUCAAUGAUGAACCAAUCAAAAGUGUCAAAGCAGUCACCAUAGAAACAGCAGAUUCUUACUCUACAUUAACUGUCAAGGGAGUCAGCAGUGACUUCUCUGGCAAGUUCAAGAUUGUAGCAGAGAACCCAGCUGGCAGUGCUGAUGCUGAAUUUGACAUCACAGUACAAGACAGACCAACUCCACCACAGAAUCUCAUUGUUGAGGACACCAAGAAAGAAUCCAUCACUGUCUCAUGGGAAAAACCAAAAUCUGAUGGUGGAUCAGAAAUCACUGGGUAUGCCAUUGAAAAGCGUGAUGCCAAACGAACCACAUGGACUCAUGUGUCCACUGUGGAUGCCAGAACAUUGACAGCAAAGGUGUCUAAGCUGACUGAAGGCAACCAGUACUUUAUCAGAGUAUUUGCUGAGAAUGUGGUAGGAGCCAGUGAACCUGCUGAGCUCAAGGAACCAGUUACAGCCAAAUUACCAUUUGACCCACCUUCUGCUCCCAGGAACCUGAAGGCAGAGAACAUCACCAGAGAGUCUGCCACACUAUCCUGGAAGGCACCAGAAAGAGAUGGAGGUGCAAAGAUACGUGGCUACAUCAUCGAGAAGCGUCAAGCCAAGAGCACACGCUGGAGUCGCGUCAACAAGAGCUUAGAGGUGCAGACAUUGUACACCCUAACUGACCUGUAUGAAGGGGAGAACUACGAGUUCAGAGUACUGGCCGAGAAUGAUGCUGGAAUCAGCCCUGCCUCUGAGUCAGUCUCCUUCAAAGCAAAGAACCCAUAUGAUAAACCCGGUCAACCUGGUAGACCUGUCGUAUCUAUUGACAAAGACACCGCAAAUGUUACCUGGACACCACCCCAAGAUGACGGUGGCGCUAAGAUCACAAAUUUCAGACUUGAAAUGCGUCGUUCUGGCGAUUUCAAAUGGAUGCCAGUGAAUAUGGACGAGAGGAUCCCUGGUACAAAUUUCUUGGUGGGAGGGCUAAAAGAGGGCGUGGAUUACGAAUUCCGCGUAACGGCCGAGAACAAGGCCGGCCUCGGAGAGCCAUCGCAACCAUCAGAACUCUUCAAGUACCCUCCCCGAUUCAUAAAGCAACUUCCAGAAUGGAUAGAGCUCCAUGAAGGGCAAAACCUACAGCUUGACUGUCGCAUACGAUUUGCUCCCUAUUUCAUUGUACCCCUACCCGAUGCUAUUGAGGUGCGUGAGGGAGAUACAGUUCGACUUGACUGCAGAAUAUGGGGCAUAGCUGGUGUUCCUGGUUCAGGAGAAGAGGAGAUCAUCAACAUAGUGAAACCACUAGAAAACAUUUCGCUGAAGGAGCUACCAGCAGACGCUACCUUUACUUGCGAGCUAUCCAAGGCCAAUGUACCAGUACAAUGGUUGAAGAAUGGCAAGCCUCUGAAGAGGACAGACAAGCCAGAGGCCUCUAUGGAUGGACGUGUCCAUACACUAACUAUACCAAAUGUGGAUGUGGAUGACAUUGCAGAGUACACUGUUAAAGUGAAGGAGAAACAAUCUGAUGCUAAGCUGGACAUCAAAGCUGCUCCUAAGUUCCUUACUGACAAGAAGUUUAAGGAGAAGAUUACUCUGAAGGCUGGAGCUUCUACUGUUAUUGAAAUACCAUAUGCUGCCAGUCCAGAACCAAAGGUGACAUGGAAAUACAAAGACAAGGCACUGCCAGAUGCCAGAAGGUUCACCACAGACACCAUCAAGACUAUGACCACACUAAGGAUGGCCAGAGUGGAGAGAUCCGAUGCUGGCAAGUACACAUGUACUCUUGAGAAUGAACAUGGAUCAGUGAAACUGGAAAUCAAACUCAUUGUACUAGACAAGCCCACAAUGCCUAAGAACCUGAAUGUGACUGACGUAUCAGAAACACAGGUGAGCCUGAAGUGGGAGGAGCCUGAACAUGACGGGGGCUCUGACAUCAUGCACUACAUCGUUGAGAGCAGAGAGGCCUAUAAACGCUCCUGGCAGUCUGUAGAGACCACCUCUGAGAGACACAGCACAGCUGGCAGGCUGAAUGAAGGCACGCAGUACGUUUUCAGAGUCGCGGCUGAAAACUCUGUAGGAGUUGGAGAAUUCAACGAGCUAACUCAGUCUGUUACUGCCAAGAGUAAACAUGGUGUGCCCAGCCCACCAUCAGCACCUAAGGUGAAUGAUAUCACAAGCAAAUCCUGCUCAUUAUCAUGGGAGCCCCCUGCUAACGAUGGUGGUACCCCUGUGAUUGGCUACCAUAUAGAACGUCGCUCAACCAAGAGCAUCCACUGGAUCAAGGUAUCCAGAGAGCUUGUGAAGACAACUACUUAUGAAGCCACUGAACUAAGAAAGGACACUGAAUAUGACUUCAGAAUCAUAGCUGAAAAUAAGGUUGGUGUCAGUGAACCAAGUCAACCUUCUGCUAAAUUUGUAGCCAAGGACCCAUGGGAUAUUCCAGGCCCCCCUGGUGUACCUGAGAUCAGCAAUGUUACCAACACUACUGCACAUCUCACAUGGACAGCUCCAAAGAAUGAUGGAGGCAGUCCCAUUAUCAACUAUGUGGUUGAAUUCCGUGCCCAAGGUGCCUUCAAAUGGAACAAGGCUACUGAGGUGAAUAUAGUUGACUGUGAAUACACUGUGAAGAAACUCAAGGAAGACCAGAUGUAUGAGUUCAGAGUGAGUGCAGAGAACAAGGCUGGUGUAGGUGCUCCUGCUGAGUCCUCCCAAGCUGUCAAGGCAAAGGAGAUUAUUAAGGGUGACCCACCAAAGAUAGUCAGAGGCAUCAAAGACACAACAGCUCUUUGCCCUGAUACAGUGAAACUUGAAUGCAAUGUAAAUCUAGGCAAGCCCAAAGCUGAAAUCCACUGGUUUAAACAAGCCAAGGAGAUCUACAAAGGUCGCAAGUAUGAUAUGGAGUAUGCAAAUGGUACAGCUACAUUGAUUAUCAAUGACACUGAGCCAUCUGACACUGCCAAGUACAGAUGCGAGGCAAUGAAUCCUAUCGGUAAAUGUGACACCACUGGCUCACUGACCAUUCACUGUGAGCCCAUCAUUGACUAUGAGCCUUCACAAGAAAGCCAGAACAUCAAGGGUGGAGCCAGUCUUAUGCUCCAUGCUAACUUUGAGGGUAUUCCAACCCCAACUGCUUCCUGGUUCUUCAACGACACCCCUCUAGAGAAAUCUAAGAGCGUCGUGAUUGAUACAAGUGACACCUAUACUAGUAUAACUGUACGUGGUAUGUCCAAAGAGAAUGCUGGUAAAUACAAAGUGGUUGCUGAGAACAAAGUUGGCGUAGAUGAAGCUACAUUCACUGUAAAUGUAACAGAUAAACCUGGUGCCCCAGUUAACCUUAAAGUUACUGAGGUCACUAAAGAAACCAUAACAGUAGAAUGGGAAGCCCCUGAAGACAAUGGUGGCUCUGAGAUAACUGGUUACGCUAUCGAGAAACGAGAUGCCAAGAGAAACACAUGGGCUGGUGUAGGCAACACUAAAUCUAAUGUCCACACCUUUACUGUUCCCAAACUAGUCGAGGGUAACAGUUAUUACAUUAGAGUGUUCACAGAAAAUGCCAUAGGAGCUAGUGAACCUGCAGAAACUAAAGAUGCCACCAUAGUCAAACUGCCAUUCAAUGAGCCAGGCCCACCACGUGACCUAACUGCCAAUGACAUCAACAAGAACUCAGCCACUCUAACCUGGAAAGCUCCUUCCUCAGAUGGAGGAGCUAAGAUCAAGGGUUACAUCAUUGAGAAGCGCCAAGCCUUCAGUACAAGAUGGGUGAGAGUUAACCGUCAUUUGGAGAAGAACACAGAGCUCUAUCUUGAUGACCUGGUCAAUGGAGAGGAAUAUGAAUUUAGAGUAAUGGCUGAGAAUGAGGCUGGCAUCAGUCAACCUGCCAAGACUAUCACAUUUACUGCAAAACCACCAUUCGAGAAACCUGGCCCACCAGGAAGACCCGAGGUGUCCCUAACUAAGGGCCAAGCUGAGUUGGCCUGGAGCGCACCUCUAGAUGAUGGCCGCAGCCCCAUCUUUAACUAUCGUAUUGAAAUGAAGGAAGCAUUCAGCCUAAGCUGGACAGGAGUCAACCCUGACAAAAAGUGUAAGAAUACAUCCUGGACAGUGGAAAACCUGAAGGAAGACACAGAGUAUGAAUUCAGAGUGACCGCUGAAAACAAGGCUGGUUUUGGACAACCUUCACCCUCAUCUGCCACUGCUAAAUAUGAAGAGGUAGUUGAGUUCACUAAGAAACUGGAAGAUGUUACAUUGAAGACACUUCCCAAUGAUGCUGUCUUUGAAUGUGAACUCUCCAAAGCUAACUGUGAAGUACAAUGGUUCAAAGAUGGAGAGAAACUACGACCAAGCAAGAAAUAUGAGAUUGAAACUAAUGGAAAAUACCAAUCAUUAGUUGUGAAAGAUUCCCAACCAGAAGAUGUAGCUGAAUACAUGAUCAUAUACAAGAAUAAGAAAUGUAGUGCCACCUUGGACAUUGUAGCUCCCCCAACAUACACCUUAGAUGAGAAAUUUAAGGAGACCAUUGUCCUUACAGUUGGCUCAUCAAUGGUUGUUGAGAUUCCAUUUGCUGGAGCCCCUCAACCUAAGGUAGCCUGGACACUGAAUGGUAAAUCCCUAGCUGAGACUAAGAGAGUCAGUACUGAAACAAUCAAGAACAUGACUGCCCUUACUAUGUCCAAAGUCCAGAAGAAGGAUGGCGGGAAGUAUGGCUUAAAACUAACCAACAAGAUUGCAUCAGUUGAUAUCACCAUCAAGGUGCAGGUAUUGGACAAACCAUCUGCUCCAAGGGACUUUGAAGUGACGAGUGUGAAUGAGACAAGUAUUGGUCUUAAAUGGACUGAACCUUCUGAUGAUGGUGGUGCCAAGAUCAUAGACUACAUCCUUGAAAACAGAGAAGGAUCCCGUCGCAGCUGGAACAAAGUGGAGAAAACAACCAAAACUGAGACAAAAGCUACACAUCUUACCGAAGGCAGUCAGUAUGUAUUCCGUGUAGCAGCUAGAAAUGAGGUAGGAGUUGGUGAAUUUAUGGAGCUAUCUCAGUCUGUCACAGCUAAGAGUCCACAUGGUGUACCAAUGCCACCAGGUACGCCAAGAGUAAGUGAUGUCCUAGCUAAAUCAUGCACCCUUACAUGGGGUCCAUCACCUGAUGAUGGAGGCACCCCUGUGAUUGGCUACCAUAUUGAGCGACGCACUGGCAUGAGUAUGCGAUUCACUCAAAUCUCAAAGGAACUUAUCACUGAUAUGACCUACCAAGUGAAAGAUCUCAUUGAAGGCAGCGAUUAUGAAUUCAGAAUCAUUGCUGAGAACAAGAUUGGCCAGAGUCAGCCUAGUGAGCCAUGUCCACAAUUUAGAGCCAAGAACCCAUGGGAUAUACCAGGUAGACCAGGCACACCUAAGGUUGGGGAAAUCACCAAUACAUCAGUGAGCCUUACAUGGGGUGCCCCUGAUGAUGAUGGUGGUGCACCUAUCACUGGUUACAUGGUAGAAUACAAGAGCCAAACUGCAUUCUCAUGGAAUGCAGCACAUAAAGACACAAUAGACGAGAGAUCAUUCACUGUAAAAGAUCUAAAGGAAGACAAGCUCUAUGACUUCAGAGUUAUGGCUGUCAACAAAGCUGGAACAGGUCCUCCUGCAGCCACUGCUCAACCUGUUAAGGCUAAGGAAAUCAUCAAGGGAGACCCACCUAAAGUCAUCACGCCUCUCAAAGAAACCAGUGUCAGUGCACCUAAGGAUGCAACAAUGACAUGUGAAAUCGACUCUGGCAAACCCAAGGCUGAUAUUCGCUGGUUCAAAGAUGCUAAAGAGGUGUACAAGAGUAGACGACAUGAGAUGUCAUACUCUGCAAAAACCGCUUCAUUGACCAUCUAUGAUACAGAACCAUCUGAUGCUGCAAGCUACAAAUGUGAGGCGUCUAACCCACUAGGACUUGUUGAUACAACAGCCAGAUUGAUCAUCCAAGCAGCACCUAAGAUUGACUAUGAACUUAGACUUAAAGAAAAGCAAGCCAUUAAGGCAGGCAACUCAUUGAUUAUAUCAGUGAACAUAAGUGCCCUACCCCCAGCAAAGGUCACAUGGUCUGUUAAUGGAAAGGAGCUUGCCCAGUCAAACAAGGUGAAUAUCGAGACAACAGACACAUUCUCAACUCUGACUGUAUCUGGUACAACCAAGGACAAUACUGGUAAAUACAGGGUUCUAGCAGAGAACAAGGUCGGCAGCGAUUCGGCUGAGUUUAAUGUACUUGUACGUGACAAGCCAUCUAAACCAUUGAACCUGAAAGUGACUGACACAGACAAGACCUCAAUCACUGUAACAUGGCAGGAGCCAGAAUCAGAUGGUGGAGCAGAUAUCACAGGAUAUUCCAUUGAGAAACGUGACUCCACAAGACCAUCAUGGAGCACAGUUGACACAGUAGACUCAAGGACCAAGAAAUUCAAAGUUGGUAGACUAGUGGAGGGCAAUAAUUACUUUAUCAGAGUGUUUGCUGAGAAUUCUAUUGGUGCAAGUGAACCAGCAGAACUAUCUACACCAACCACCGCCAAGCUUCCAUUUGAUGAACCAAGUGCACCAAGGAACCUAGAAGCUAAGGAUGUGACCAAGGAAUCUGCUAAGCUUGUUUGGGAGGAACCAGCCAAGGAUGGUGGAUCCCCUAUCAAGGGUUAUAUCAUUGAGAAGAGACAGGCCUACAGCACACGGUAUGUGCGCCUCAACAAAGCUCUCGUCACCAGAUGUUCAUAUAACAUAGAUGACCUUGUCCAUGGAGACGAAUAUGAGUUCCGUGUCUUAGCUGAAAAUGAGGCUGGAAUUAGCAAACCUUCUGACACAGUUGGCUUUAAAGCAAGAGCUGCAUAUGAGAAACCAGGUCCUCCUGGACAACCUGACGUUGAGAUGAGUGCAGACACUGCUAAACUGAAAUGGUCCCCACCAAUAAGUGAUGGCAGGUCCAAGAUCACAAACUACUUCAUUGAGAUGAAGAAGGAGCAUGACUUUAGAUGGUCUCCUGUCAACCAAGAUGUGACUGUUGCCAAGUGCCAGUACACAGUGACUGGUCUAGAAGAAGGGGAGGACUAUGCCUUUAGGGUUUCAGCAGAGAAUGCUGCAGGACGUGGUGAACCAUCAGGCUCAUCUAUCACUGCUAGAUAUGAAGAGGAAGUCACAAUCACCAAACAGCUUGAAGACAUAACAUUCAAAUCUAUACCAAACACAGCAACAUUUGUGUGUGAAGUAUCAAAAUCUAAGGCCACGGUUACCUGGUACAAGGAUGGUGUUGUGAUUACACCUAAUAAGAAGUAUGACAUCACAGUUGAUGGUGCUGUACACACACUAAAGGUGAAUGAUGCUGAUGGAGAAGAUGUUGGUGAAUACCAAGUGGCUACCAAAGCUAGUAGAUCCAAGGCUACUCUCAACAUUGAAGCUGCUCCUGAGUUCAAACUUGACUCCAAGUUCAAGGACAAACUAACAAUGAAAGCAGGAGCCUCAGCUGUCAUUGAGGUGCCCUUCAGUGGCAGCCCUCAACCCAAGGCAACCUGGAAGUGGAAUGACUCGAGUCUCCCUGAUACUCGUAGGUUCAAGGUGGACACCAUCCGAAACAUGACAUCUAUAAGCCUAGCCCGUGUUGAGAGGAAGGACCAAGGCACCCUUAGCCUGGUUCUUGCUAAUAAGAGUGGCUCAGUGACUCUCUCUGUGAAACUCAUUAUACUUGACAAACCAUCAGCCCCAAGAAACCUGGACACAAGUGAUGUGACAGAAAACUCCAUCAAACUGACCUGGGAGACACCCAAGGAUGAUGGUGGUAGCGACAUCACAUAUUACAUCAUUGAGAAGCGUGAAGCCAGUCGUAGAACAUGGCAACCUGUUGCAACUAGUAUGUCAUGCUCUUGCAAUGCCCAAAAACUGAUUGAAGGUAGUACAUAUGUGUUCAGAGUAGCAGCUGAGAACAGCUGUGGUGUAGGUGAAUUUACCGAGUUAGCCACUGCAGUUACAGCCAGGAGCCCCCAUGGUCUUCCCUCACCACCUUCAGCUCCAACUGUCAGUGACAUUUUCGCAAAAUCAUGCAAGUUGUCAUGGCAACCACCUGCAAAUGAUGGAGGAACUCCAAUCAUUGGUUAUUACAUUGAGCGUAAGUCUACAGCCAGUAAUAGGUGGGUCCGUGUCACAUCUGAACGUGUCACUGAUAAUAAACUCAAGAUGAAAGACCUAAAUGCUGAAAACCAAUAUGAAUAUCGCAUCAUUGCUGAGAACAAAGUAGGAUGUAGUGAACCAGGCCCAGCCUGUCCUUCAUUCAUAGCCAAGGACCCAUGGGGAGUCCCAGAUGCACCAGGAACCCCUCAGCCUACUGAAAUAACAGACACAUCUGUUACAUUGAACUGGAGUCCACCAGCAUCUGAUGGAGGCAGCCCUGUCACCGCAUAUGUGGUGGAAUUCAAAGCUCAGAGUGCUUUUAAGUGGAACACUGCCACAGAUGACACUACAAGAACAUCAUACACUGUGAAACGUCUUAGAGAAGAUGAGGUUUAUGAUUUCAGAGUUUCAGCUGAGAAUAUCGCUGGUAGAGGUGAACCUGCUAAAUGUGCACAACCCAUCAAAGCUAAGACUCCCAUUGUUGGUGAACCACCUGAGAUUGUUGCCCCAUUGAAGGAUACAACAGUUGUUGCACCUGGUGAAAUCACUCUCGAGUGUGGUGUUGUACUUGGUAAACCUAAAUCUGAAAUCCAUUGGUACAAAGAUGCUCGAGAAGUCUAUAGUGGUAAGAAAUAUGAGAUAGAUUAUGCUGCAAAAACUGCUUCAUUAGUGAUCAAGGACACUGAACCAAUUGAUAAGGGACGUUACAGAUGUGAGGUCGCUAAUGCCCUAGGACGUGUAGAUACAUCUGCCACACUUACAGUAAACAUCAAACCUAAGCUAGAGUUUGAUGCAAGACAAACAGAAAUGACUGUCAAAGCAGGAGCAUCAAUGAUUCUAUCUACCAACUUUGAGGGAGUACCAACACCCAAGGUAUCCUGGUACAUCAACGACAAACCCAUGCUCCAGACACCAAGAUUGAACAUAGAUUCAUCUGACUCAUACUCUACCAUCACAUUGAAAAACUGUGACAAGAAAGAUAGUGCUGUGUUCAAGAUCACAGUGGAAAAUUCUGCUGGAUCUGACACUGCUGAAUUUGAUGUGAAAAUAAGAGAUAGACCAUCCCCACCAAGUGACCUUAAGGUUACAGAAGCCACACAGGAUUCAGUGAGUCUUUCAUGGAAUUCCCCAGAAUCUGAUGGUGGAGCACCUAUAACUGGCUUUGUUGUCGAAAAACGAGAUUCAAGCCGUACUACAUGGACCAGUGUGAAGACUGUUGAAUCAACAAGUGUCACUGUCAAAAGACUCAACGAAGGUACCAGCUAUGUGUUCAGAGUGUUUGCUGAGAAUACUGUAGGAUCAAGUGAACCUGCUGAACUGGAGAAACCAGUAAUUGCUAAAUUACCAUUUGAUGCACCAAGUGAACCAAGGAAACUUGUAGCUGAAAACAUCACAAAUUCAUCCGCCACAUUGAAAUGGCGUGAACCAGAGAGUGAUGGUGGUUCUAAGAUUAAGGGAUACACUAUUGAGAAGAGACAGUCAUACAGCACACGCUGGACCAGGCUCAAUAAAUACCCCAUAAAGGAGACGACACACGACCUCAUUGACCUUAGCGAGAAUACUGAAUAUGAGUUCAGAGUUAUUGCUGAAAAUGAAGCUGGACCAGGUAAAUCAUCAGAAUCAGUUGCUUUCAAGGCUCAGAAUCCAUUUGAUCCACCAGGUGCCCCAGGACGGCCUUCUGUUGACAUCACCAAAGGUGUUGCCAAUCUCAAAUGGACUGUUCCAUAUGAUGAUGGCAGAAGUCCCAUAACCAACUAUGCAGUUGAAAUGAAGAAAUCAGGAGACUUAAGCUGGAGUACUGUAGAACCCAAAGUUAUUGGUACUGAAUUCAGUGUUCCUAACCUGAAAGAUGAAACCGAGUAUGAGUUCCGUGUUCUUGCACAAAACAAAGCAGGUCUUGGUGAUGCAUCUCAAACAUCCAUGUUAGCAAGAUAUGAGGAGCUGAUUGAGUUCAAGAAGGAACUAGAAGACAUCACACUGACUAGAGUACCUGGCACUGCUACAUUUGAAUGUGAGCUAUCCAAGCCAGAUAUUGCACUAACAUGGUACAAAGAUGGUCGCCCUGUAAGACGAGAUGGUAAGCACCAUAUUGAGGUUGAUGGCAAGAUCAACAGACUAACAAUCACUGAUGUUGAUGAUGAUGAUGUUGGAGAAUAUGCCGUGGCCAUCAAGUCAAAGAAAUCUACAGCUACACUCAAAGUUCAAGCCAAACCAAGACUGCUUACUGACGAAUCAUUCAAGGAGAAACUGGUGCUCAAGUCUGGAACAUCAGCUGUUAUUGAGGUACCAUUCAGCGGAAGCCCACAGCCCAAGGUCUCUUGGAAAUUCAACAGUGGAUCCCUGCCAGAUGCAAGGCGUAUUAAGGUUGAAACAAUCCGAAAUAUGACAGCAUUAACACUUUCAAGAGUAGAGAGAUCAGACUCUGGAGAAUACACACUGAAACUCUCAAAUGAGGGAGGAAAGGUGGAACUCAAUGUGAAGGUGAUUGUACUUGACAAACCACAACCACCACGUGGACUUAGUGUUACAAAAGUAACUGAAAGUGCAAUUAAUCUUGAAUGGAGAGAGCCUAGUGAUGAUGGUGGUUCUCCAAUAAGACAUUACAUUGUUGAAAAACGUGAAUCCUACAAGAGGACCUACAUCCCUGUUGAGACCACAGCAUACACCGAAUGCACUGCCUCCAAACUUACUGAAGGCCAGACAUACAUAUUCAGAGUCUUAGCUGAGAAUGAGUGUGGAGUAAGUGAAGCUAUUGAACUAUCCCAAGGUAUUGUUGCUAAGAGUCCACAUGGUUUACCAUCUGCACCAUCUACACCAAAGAUAUCUGAGAUAUUCAAAGAUUCUUGUGUAGUAUCCUGGCAACCACCAUCCACUGAUGGAGGAACCCCUGUUACUGGAUAUGUCAUUGAACGCAGAACAUCUGCCAACAUGAGAUGGGUAAAAGCUACCACUGAACAUGUUGUUGACACUAAAUUGAAGCUAUCAGAUCUGAUUGAAGAUAAAGAAUAUGAAGUCAGAGUAUUUGCUGAAAAUAAGGUUGGUUUGAGUGACCCAAGUUCUCCAUCUGUUCCAUUCACUGCCAGAGAUCCAUGGGAUAGACCAGGAAGACCAGGUCAGCCUAAGAUUACUGAGAUCACAGGCAAAUCUGUAUCACUGUCAUGGAGCCCACCAAUGAGUGAUGGAGGUAGUCCAGUUAUUGGUUACAUGGUUGAGUUCAGAGCACAAGGAGCUUUCAAGUGGAACAAGGCAUCUGAUGAUCGUAUCACAGAAACUUCAUUCACAGUGAAACGUCUACAAGAAAAUGAGGAAUAUGAAUUCAGAGUAAGUGCUGAAAACAAAGGAGGAUUUGGACCAGCUGCUGAGGUAGCACAAUCUGUUAAAGCUAAAGAACCCAUUGUUGGAGACCCACCCAAACUCAAGGCCAAGAUGAAUGAUGUUUCAGUCAUUGCACCUAAAUCAAUAACUCUUGAGUGCCCAAUGGAUCUUGGUAAACCCAAAGCAGAGGUCCAAUGGUUCAAGAAUAGCAGAGAAGUUUACAAGUCAAAGAAACAUCAGAUGAGCUACAGCAAUGGUAAAUCAAUACUUGUUAUCCUGGACUCUGAGAUUAAUGACUCUGGUGAAUACACAUGUGAGGCACGCAACCAACUUGGUCAUUGUGACUCCACCGCCAGUGUUGAGGUCAACACACAGCCAAAGAUCACAUUUGAUUGGAGAUUAGAAGGUCCACAGUCUGUAAAGGCAGGGUCCUCUCUCAUUCUAUCAGUCACGAUUGCUGGUAUACCAGUCCCAGAGCUAAGCUGGUACCAAAAUGACCAUCUCUUAGAUAGAACCAGUAAGGCUUACAUUGAGAAGGGAGCCACAUAUACAACUCUUACAGUGAAAGACACAACUAAGAAGGAUGCAGGCAAAUAUCGCAUUGUUGCUGAGAAUAAACAUGGUAAAGACAGUGCUGUGUUUGAAGUGAAGAUCAAUGAUAAACCAGCUCCACCAAGAAACAUGCACAUCAAGGACACUGACAGAGAUUCCGUAACAUUAGCAUGGUCAGAACCUGAAGAUGAUGGUGGCCAUAAGGUUACUGGUUACAUCAUUGAGAAGAGAGAUGCAAAACGACCAACAUGGACAUUUGCAGCUAGUGUGCAUGCAUCAACCACACAAGAGAAAGUCAAGAAUCUCCUUGAAGAUCAUGACUAUAACUUCAGAAUCUUUGCCGAGAACAAGAUUGGAACCAGUGAACCAUUUGAACUGAAGGAGUCUGUCACUGCUAAAUUACCAUUUAACCCACCAGGUGCUCCAUAUGGCCUGGAGGUUGAUGAGAUCACAGCAGACUCAUGCAGACUUUCAUGGACUGAACCAUCCAAAGAUGGUGGAUCUGAAAUAACUGGCUUCUAUAUUGAACGUCGCCAACCUUUCAGUACAAGAUGGGUCAAGGUCAACAAGCAACCAAUCAGAGCAAACCAUUACAAGAUUGGUGAUCUGGUUGAAGAACAAGAAUAUGACUUUAGAGUUGUUGCUGAAAAUGCAGCUGGAUUAGGUAAACCAUCUGAUUCAACUGGAACAUUCAAGGCAAGACGACCAUAUGAUGUCCCCGGAGCACCUGGAAUGCCUGAUGCCAGCAUCUCUAAGGAUGAGGCUACUAUAGUCUGGUCUCCACCUUAUGAUGAUGGCCGAAGCCCUAUAACUAACUACACCCUCGAGAUGAGAGUUGUUGGAGACUUCAGAUGGAAGACUGUCAACAAAGAUGAGGUACUCACUAAGACAACCUACAAUAUGACUGGCCUCAAGGAAGGAGAAGAGUAUGAGUUCAGAGUGUUUGCUGAGAACCGUGCUGGACAUAGUGAACCUUCUCUCAUCUCAUCUGCUGCCAAAUAUGAGGAGCAGGUAGAGUUCACCAAGAGAAUGACAGAUGUAUCUGUGAAGGAGAUAGGUGAGAGUGCCACAUUUGAUUGUGAAGUGUCCAAGGCUAAUGUACCAAUACAAUGGUUGAAGGAUGGUCAACUUCUCAGAUCUGCAAGCAACAAAUAUGAGACUAUUGAUGAUGGCAAGAAGCAUAAACUGAUCAUCAAGAAUGUUGAUGCUGAUGAUGCUGGAGAAUACACUGUCAUUGCUAAACAUAAGAGAUGUUCUGCUGCCCUAGCUGUACAAGCUGCACCAAGAUGUGUGAUGGACAAGGAUUACAAAGAUACCAUAAUCCUACGUGCAAACAAUAGCAUGACAAUUGAAGUUCCAUUCAUCGCAGCACCCCAGCCUAAGGUCAGUUGGACUGUUGACAAUGAGGUACUCAUGGAGAACCGUAGAGUCAGAACUGAAACAAUCAAGGGCCUAACUGCUCUUUCAAUCUCACGUGCAGACCGCAAAGAUUCUGGAUCCUACAAGGUCACAUUGAAAAAUGAAUAUGGCGAUACAUCAUUCAACUUCAAAAUAGUUGUCAUUGACAAACCAACUGCUCCAAGGAACCUAGAUGUGGCAAACAUUGGCGAAGAAGCCAUCACUCUGCAAUGGGACAAACCUAAGGAUGAUGGUGGAUGUGAGAUCAGAGAGUAUGUCAUUGAGAAACGUGAGACAUCUCGUAGAAUCUGGCAGACAGCUGGAAGUACCCAAGAUAACAAGUUCACUGUGACUCGCUUGGCUGAAGGAAACUACAUGUUCCAAGUGGCAGCUGAGAACCAGUGUGGUGUAGGUGAAUUUACUGAAAUCACAGAGCCAGUGUCUCCAAAGGCUAAAUAUGAUGUACCUGAUGCCCCAGCAUCUCCCAAGGUUACUGAGGUAUACAAAGACUCCUGUGUCAUCACAUGGAGGCCCCCCUUUAACGAUGGAGGUGCCCCAGUCCAAGGUUACCACAUUGAACGCCGAGCCACCACCAGCACCAACUGGGUGAAAGCUAGUGUGGAUCUCAUUAGAGACACCAAGUACAUUGUAACUGGACUCCUUGAUGGUACCGACUAUGAGGUAAGAGUGAUUGCAGAGAACAGAGCUGGCAUGAGUAUUCCAAGUGAAGCCUCCAACAGAUUCACUGCUAAAGAUCCAUGGGAUAAACCAGGCAAGCCAAGUGUACCACGUAUCAGUGAAAUCAAGAAGAAAUCAGUGGUUCUUUCCUGGUCUGCACCUGAAUAUGAUGGCGGAAGUGUACCAUUCAAUUACGUCAUUGAUUACCGCAUUGCUGGUGGAUUCAAAUGGAUCAAUGCCAAUGCAGGAGAGAAUGUUCCAGACACCACUUACAAGGUUAUGGACCUAACAGAAGAUCAGGAAUAUGAAUUCCGUGUAGCAGCUGAGAACAAGGCAGGUGUUGGUCCUCCCUCUGAAGUGACACAACCAACCAUUGUGAAGCAACGCUCCAAGGGUAAAGAGCCAACUGUAACUCAAUCUCUCACCAAUGUUACAGUUGAAGCUCCCAGAUCUGCUAUCCUCGAAUGUCGCAUCACUCCCGGUGAACCAGCAGCUGAAAUCCGUUGGUUUAAGAAUGCACGUGAAGUGUACCAUUCUGAUAAAUACUACAUCACAUACAAAGACAAUGUGGCUAGACUUGAGAUUGCUGACACUGAGACAACUGAUGCUGGUAAAUACAGAUGUGAAGCCAGUAAUAUGAUGGGCCGUGUUGACACCAAAGCUACUCUGACAAUGCACACCAAACCUAAACUAGAGUAUGACCAGAACAUGGCUAGGAAGAUAAACACUGUCAAAGCUGGUCAUUCCAUUAUCAUCCAGGUUAACUUUACAGCCAGUCCAGCUGCUAAAGUCCAGUGGUUCCACAAUGAGAAGCCUUUAGAAGGCUCUUACAGAAUAGGCAUAGAUGAAUCUGACUCAUUCUCUAUGCUUAGUGUGAGGAACACAACAAAGGCAGAUACUGGUGUUUACAGAAUUGUUGUCGAAAACCAAGUUGGUAGCGAAAAUGCUGCAUUUGAGUUCCAAGUCCAAGACAAACCCCCUGCACCUGCGUCCAUCCGUGUGUCCAAAAUCCUUGCUGAUUCUGUAGAUUUAGAAUGGGAAGCACCCGAAGGAGACUGCGGAGAUCUUAAAGGUUAUGUGAUUGAGAAACGUGAAGCAAGUCGCAAUGUUUGGACCACAGUUAGUAGUGUCAGAGAGAGGGAGAGAAAUUACACUGUUGAUAGACUCAUGGAGGGUACUGAAUAUUAUUUCAGGGUAUCAGCUGAAAACCAUGUAGGUAUUGGUGAGCCUAUGGAGUUAACCAGACCUGUAUCAGCCAAGUGUCCAUAUCUGGUACCAGAAGCCCCAUCUGGCCUAAAAGUUGAAUCAGUGAGCAGGAGAUCUAUAACACUAUCAUGGAAGAAACCACUUGAUGAUGGUGGUGCACCAAUCAGAGGAUAUAUUCUGGAGCGCAUCACUCCUGGAAGCUACAGAUGGACGAAGGUCUCCAAGACACUCAUUCCUGAGACAGAGUAUACAAUCACUGAUGUCAUGGAAGGUAAUGAGUACCAGUUUAGAGUUAGUGCAGUGAAUGAGGCCGGAGCAAGCAGAUAUUCUGAUGCAACAAAUCUCAUAAAGGCUAAAGAUCCAUUUGAUAAGCCCGAUGCUCCAGGUCAACCUGAUGUUUAUAACAUAACCAGUGAUCAUGCCACUCUAAGAUGGUCUGCACCAUACAGUGAUGGAGGAAGCAAGAUCACAAACUACAUCAUUGAGAUGCGCCUCAUGGGAUCAUUUACAUGGUCUCAAUGCAACAUUGGUGAAACUGUAUCCAACACUACAUACAUUGUACCUAAUCUUAGCAAGGGCAUGGACUAUGAGUUCAGAGUCCUAGCUGAGAACAAGGCUGGAGUUAGUGAACCAUCUCAGACCUCAAAGAGAAUCACAGCCAGGGAGCCACUGGUAGGAGAUGCCCCUAAGGUGAUUGAACCUUUGAAGAAACUGUCUGUCCUUGCUGGUGAGAUGGCCAAACUACACUGCAAGAUUAUUGGCAAACCAACACCAAGCAUAAGGUGGUCCAAGAACCAGAUGGAAGUAUAUGAAACCAAGCGCCAUGAGAUGGUGUAUGAGAAUAACUUUGCUACAUUGAUUAUUGCUGAUGCUAGUCAUAGAGAUGAGGGUACUUACCUAUGUGAAGCCACUAAUCCACUGGGAUACACUUCAACUGAGGCACAACUCUCAAUCAAUAUUCCCCCCACUCUACAGUUUGACUCUAGAAUGAGAGAGGGUAUGACUCUACGUAUUGACUCUACUCUAACUAUACGUGUACGCUACGAGGGUGCUCCUAAGCCUAAAAUCUCCUGGUUCCGUGGAUCUAAGGAGCUUUACGAUGGUGGCCGUGUAAGCAUACAAACAAGUGACAUCUAUAGUACACUCACUAUACAGAGAGCUGCCAAGAAUGACCAAGGAGAUUACAAGGUUGUAGCCAGAAAUGCUGUAGGAGAAACUAAUGCUGUAAUGCCAGUUACAGUCUUGGAGAAACCUGAAGCCCCAUCUGACUUGAAGGUCAUAGACAUUCAACGUGACUCUGUGUCCCUUGAAUGGAGAUCCCCACCAAGUAUAGAUGGCGCUGAGAUCAACCGUUACAUCAUAGAGCGCCGUGAUCGCCAAGGUGGCAACUGGGCAAAGGUUGCUACGGUUGACUCUGCACGUACACGUCACAGAGUUGGAAAUCUCUAUGAGGGCAAUGACUACAUCUUCAGAGUCUUUGCUGAGAACAACAUCGGAUCCAGUGAACCAUUGGAACUCGAUAACUACGUCAAGGCAAAGAGUCCUUACACCUACCCAUCUGAACCAGUUGGUCCUAUAGAAUACAGCAACAUAACAAGCAGCUCAGUGACUCUCAACUGGAGACCACCAAUAAAUGAUGGAGGUUCCCCAGUGACAUUCUACAUCAUAGAGAUGCUAGAGGAUAAGUACAGAACCUGGUAUAGGACUGCAACAGUUGGUGGAGACCAGCUGAAGUGCAAGAUCCAGUACCUGAAGGAAGGAGAUCCAUACAUGUUCAGAGUGUAUGCUGAGAAUGUUGAGGGAGUCAGUGACCCACUUACAUCUCGUAGACCUGCCAUUCCCAGAGGUUCACCAGAGCCGCCAACAACACCUCCAGGCACAAUCCGUAUCACCAAUGUUGGACCUACAAGCUUCGACAUUGACUGGUGGGCACCACCAAUAGACACCAACAUCAAGUCAUACAACAUUGAGAUCAUGGACACAAGAGCUGGUACAUGGGACAAACUGAAGACUGUAGGCAAGAACACAACAAGGUACAGUGUGAGUGGCCUUAGAGAAGGACAUGAGUACCAAGUACGCAUUGCUGCAGUUAAUGAAGCUGGACAGAGCCACUUUAUUGAAUCCGAACCAAUUCAGCCAUCCAAACCAAUUGUACCUCCAAGCAGACCUACUGGUGGCCUUCGUAUCAGUGAGAUCUAUAGAGACUCUGUUGUUAUCCACUGGGACCACCCAGAAGAUGAUGGAGGUGCACCUAUCACUAGCUACCAGAUUGAAAAACGCGAGAGCUGGAGACCAAAUUGGACCAAGGUCAGCAGAGUUGAUGCGGCUGAGACCAUGUAUCAUAUAUCUGACCUGACUGAAGGAAAUGAUUACAUGUUUAGAGUGCUUGGUGUGAACAGAGCUGGUUUUGGUAUCCCUCUUGAAGUGGACAGACCAAUUCUUGUUGCCAGUCCAUUCAACAAACCAUCACCCCCAGUUGGACCCAUCAAGCUAUUAAGUAUUGAUGCCAAUUCAGCUGAGAUAGAAUGGCAGCCACCUAUCAAUGAUGGAGGAACUCCUAUCCAGGCUUACGUCAUUGAAGGAAGGGAGGCAAACCGCUUACAAUGGCAUAAGAUAGCCCAUACUGGGCCAUACAUAACCAGACAUAAAGUGCGUAACCUCCUCGUUGGUAAUGAAUACAACCUGAGAGUAAAAGCAAUCAACAUGGAAGGUGAAAGCAAACCACUUCAAGUUGAACAAACCAUUAUUCCAAGACGUAAAACCGAAGCCCCAACUACUCCAAUGUAUAUCCGUCUUUCCCAGGUGACUGAAGAUAGUGCCACGAUUGAAUGGCGCCACCCUUAUGAUGAUGGUGGCUCUGCAAUUACCGCAUUCCAUAUCGAUGUUAGGCCCGAGGACUCUGAUGUUUGGGAAACUGUUGCAUCAGUUGAUCCAUAUAUAUCUAGAUACACAGUCCAUGGACUUAGAGAAGGUGUUAGGUACUUCUUUUCAGUGAGAGCUGAAAAUGAGGUAGGUGUCAGUGCUCACCGCCAGUCAGAUAGACCCAUUAUACCAACCAGACAGAAGUUCCCACCAUCUAUGCCAAGAGGACCAUUGAAGGUUGUUGAUGUACAGAAGGACUCAGUGAAACUUAGCUGGACUCCACCAGAAGCAGAUGGAGGUGCCCCAGUUACUGGCUACAUCGUAGAAGUCAGAGAAUUCUGGAGUAUUUUCUGGACACCUGUUGAUAGAGUAAGCUCUGGACUCUGCACAUACACAAUGAGAGAUCUUAUUGAAGGAAAUGAUUACUAUUUCCGUGUGCUAGCUGAAAAUGAUGUUGGACUGUCACAUCCCCUUGAACUGGGUGUUGCUGUUACACCAGCCAGUCCAUUCAGCACACCAUAUGCUCCUCGAGGACCAAUCACAUACAACAAUAUUGACAAAACUGUUGUUGAUAUUGCUUGGCAACCACCAAGGGAAGAUGGAGGAAAACCAAUCACCAAGUACCACAUAGAGCGCAGAGAUCGUACUCGUGUGAACUGGGUCCCCGUCGCCACAGUACCAAGAUCUCAGCAUGAAUUGAGGGUUACAAACCUUAUUGAAGGCAGUGAAUAUAUCUUCCGUAUCUGUGCUGAGAAUGAAGAGGGAAAAGGAGAAUACUUGGCCAAUCAUGAACCUAUUGUAUCAAGAAGACCACCAGAGGUACCAGGUCCACCAAGUGGAUUGAAAGCAUUCCGUGUUACACCAAACAAUGUAUCACUAUCUUGGAAUAUUUCAACUGAGGAUGGAGGCAGUCGAAUUCUUGGAUAUUACAUCGAGCAGCGUUCUCAUGGAUCCCAGGAAUGGAUUCGUGUUGGGCGGGUUGGUCCAUAUACCUCUAUGUAUACUGUACCAAACUUGCGCAAUGGACAGCAAUAUCAAUUCAGAGUCUGUGCCAUCAAUGACUGUGGGUUGAGUGAACCAUAUACCAUGGAGAAACCUGUACAGGCUACAAGACCAGAUGAACCUCCAUAUGCUCCUGUUGGACCACUGGAAACUCGUAUAUUCAAAGAGACUGUUGUUAUGAAAUGGCAUCCACCCAAGAUUGAAGGUGGUGCACCAAUUACUGGAUAUGUUGUCGAAAAACAUGACACACAAAUACCUGGAUGGAUUGUGGAGUCUCAACUCCCCAGAGACACAUAUGAAUACAGAUUUAAUACACUAACUAAGGGACAUCAUUACUUCCUCCGUGUAGCUGCAUUGAACAAAUAUGGCACUGGACGAUACUUAGAAAUGACAGACACUGUGUUGGUUGAGAGCCCAUAUAGUAAACCAGGUGCUCCAUCAUUCUUUGAAGUUACUAACAUUCUAGCAGACAGUGUAAGUCUACAAUGGACUCCACCUAGAGAUGAUGGUGGUGCCCCCAUUACACGCUAUGUCAUAGAAAUGCAUGAUAAGCAUAGCCGCAUAUGGAAGCCUGCUGGGUCUGUAGAGGGAUUGACCAGUUAUACUGUACCACAUCUGAGAGAAGGCAAAACAUAUUUCUUCAGAGUGAUUGCUGAGAACCAAGAAGGUCUUGGGGUUCCUCUAGAACUCCAUGAAGCAGUAAGACCUCUUUCACCAACUGCUAUUCCUGGACCACCAUCCUCAUUUGAUUCAAUAGCGAAGACAAAGAAUUCUGUGACAUUAUCCUGGCAGAGACCAUCACAAAGAUCAUCUGCCAGCUUAACUCAUUAUAUCAUAGAGUACAAAGAUGCCAAGGGUGGAACCUGGUUCAAGGCUGCUGAGGUAGAACCACAUACCCAUACCUAUACUGUACAUGACCUAAUUGAAGGAUGGGAGUACAACUUCCGUGUUAUUGCUGUCAACAAAUGGGGAGCUAGUGAGCCAAAAGACUUGGAACACACAGUGCACCCAAGAAAGCCACCAGGACCACCAACUGCACCAUUGCUGCUUGAGGUCCGUAACAUCACAGAGAACAGCAUAACGCUGACAUGGCAGAGACCUAUACAUGAUGGUGGAUGCCCAGUAGAAUCUUAUGUUGUUGAACAAUAUGAUCUUCGUGGAAACACAUGGUCUGUUGUUGAAAACAUUGAACGUAUUGGUGGAGAUGCUGGAAUUCUAGAUCGUGUAUGCCAUAUUCCUGGACUAAAGGAAAACAAGAGAUACUGGUUCCGUAUUAUGGCCAAGAAUGCAAUGGGUCUUAGUCCACCACUUGAGACUGAAGAUCCAGUCAUACCAAAAUCACCAUACAGUGCACCUGAUGAACCUGAUGGCCCAUUGAGAGCUAUGAAGGUGACACGUGAAACUGUGACUCUUCAAUGGCACCCACCUAUAAAUGAUGGUGGUUCACCUGUCUUGAGAUACAUCGUAGAGGGGCGUAUUGUUGGUGAGAGAGAAUGGCGCAAACUUGGUGAAACUGAAGCCAAUGUUACAACAUACAGUGUACAAGGAUUGAAUGAAAAUUCACAAUACUACUUCCAUGUAAUGGCUGAGAAUCAUUAUGGUGUCAGUGAACCACUUGAUACUAAGGAUCCAAUUAUACCAAGGAGACUACUUGAACAAGCCCCAGCAUUUGGAAUAUAUGACGAUGCCCAUGCUAGUUCUGCCCAGCCUACAGAACAUGUACAACGUGGUGACUUCCUUUUCCCACACAAUGGUGUAGGUGAACCAGAGAAGUCUACAGUUUGGGAUGAGAUAGACUCAGGCUGGUUGCAUAGCCAAUUUACAGAAGGAGUAACAGAAACUGAGGAUGAACACCAUCAUCAUCAACGCAAAUGUAAACACAGUACAUGGAAAUACCAUUAUAGAUACUGUGCAUAUGAGAGUAUACCAUACUGGCAACGAGGAGGAGACAAAAAAUAAACAAUAGACAUAAUUAAUAAAUGUAACAAAUGUUGAGUCACAUUGUUAUUGACAGUUUGUAGUGCUUUAAAAUGUGCAGUAUUAUUGUUAUGUAUAGUUUGAAUUUUAUUUAUGUCCAAAUGAGAUUGAAGUUGAUUCUUCAUUUGUCAUAGUUUGUAUAUUAGUACUUUAAUUUAAUGAAUGUAUGUAUGUAACAAUGUGAAUCAUCAUUGUAGGACUAAAUAAUUAGAAAUGAAAUAUCAUUUGUAAGAUAUUGUAAAUUAUAUUUUGUACAUGACUUUUAGAUCUGACUAGAAUUUUGCACUGUAAAUUAGUUUACACAAAUUUUCAAUGAAAUUAUUUAAAUGUGAUUAGUAAUUAGAAUGUUGCUAAAAUGUGUGAAAUGUAAUUAUAGUCAUUCUAUGUAAAUAGUUACAUUGCACAGCAUUUUAUGAGAACAAUGUGAUUAAUGAAAUGAAUGAUCAUUUUGAUGAUUGAUUCAAUGAUUAUAUUCCAAGGGCUUUCAAGACUGGAGUCAUUCAAUAUGACCCAUGAGAAGAUCUGAUAUUAAGGUAUUAAAAUGCUGACUAGCAUAAUACUAAAGACAUUUUGUAUUCAUUAGAGCACAGUCACCCUAUGUAUUGGACAUGUGUGGCAGACUGUGCUCAUGGAUUGACAAUUUAGUAAAGGGAAGUGUCCUGAGGACCCCCUAUUUAUUUAAUAAGGAAGGCUUAUGAGAGGUAAAUGAUGAAAGGGUUGUCAUAAAUUGGCCCCUGUUUAAUAAUUGUUUUGUAAUUGAGGUGCAUAUUUGCAUCCAUGAAAUCUCAGGAAGGAUUUUGUACAAGACACGACGUCCAGAAAAGAGUGAAAUGGCCAUUGGAGUAUGUGUGAACACAGAACAGAAUUCAUGUCUUUAUGAAGCCUAUUCAGUGUUCCCUAUGACCAGUAUAGCCCACUAUAAUGACCAAAUGGCUGGUUGUAUUUUCAAUGCAAUAAUAAUGCUGAAAUUGACAUUCACCAGAUGUGACAGUUAUUAGCAAGUAGAUAAAAUUAAGCCAGUCAAAGACGCUAACAAAGUCAUGCUAAUAAUAAAUCGCUUAAUGAACAAAUAGUGACAAUCAUGAUAAAGACAUAACAUCUUAUAACAUAAAAAGUUUGAAAAGUGUUUUGUGUUAAUUGAGUAAUUCAUACAUAUUUAUUAACUCUUAUAUACAAUUGUGAACGAUAGAAUGAAGUAAAUGUAUGCCCUGUCUAAUGGGAUUAUUUCGGACCCUCAAUUUUUACAUCUUUCGCAUCUGGGGUAUGAUUAUUUGCAGUUUGAUGGGAUCAUGUAACCCUGAC